AAUGAAGCUCUCCAUCUGCACUAAUGCUUCCCGUGGUGCACUGCAGCCCUGCCGCACGGCUGGUGGUGGUGCUGCACCCUUUUCUCAGUCAUGGGGCAUCACGAUGGGGCACGGGGUGGCCCUCCCCUCUGAGCAGAUGCCAAGGGCCAGUGGACGUGGGUGAGGCGAGUGAGAGGCCUUGGUAGGUGUGGAUGGCUCCUGUUUGCUGAAGGUGGCACAGUAGGGGAGCUCAGAUUGGCACUGUGGUGGGGGGGGAUUGCAACACAGGGGCUACAAGGGGUGCUUUGGCUGGUCAUGAGGGCUGUGGUGCUGUCGCAACCACGGGCAGUGCAUGCACUAAGCGCCAGUGCACACGGCAGCAGGUGGGCCCCACAGCAGGGCCGUGGUACUGACACUCACCUGCCUGGGCUUGCUGGUGAAUAGCAAAGAAGAUGGCUUCAGAACCCCAUUCCUCCAAAGUGAUGAUGAGGGAAGGAUGCUGAGGGGGGAGUUCUCUGAGGGGAGGGGCAAAGUUGGGAAUUGAAAGGAGAGGUUUCAAGUCAGUGUAGGGGGGAGAGAGCUGUUCAGGAGCAGUUCCCUUGGAGCACGUCAAGGGAGGAGGUUAGCUCUCAGCACAAUGUGAGGACUGUGCCCAGGAAGGCAAUUCCAGAAUGAGUCUGUGUUGUGUAAACUCUGUUAAACAGUCUGUUUUCUGCACCGUACACUGUACCUUCCUCGGGUCUUGAUGUCUCCAUAGCUCUUAGUGAUUACUAGGCACCUUGGUAGCCCUCCCUUGAGUCUCAAAUGCAUUGCUACAUUGAGCUACAUUGCUACUGUUGAGCCUUUCUUGUCUUGCAAUUCCAGCUUAAGGUGUGGAUCUGUCUGGUGUUUAUCAUGUUGUAGAUGUUUCUGAGCAGUCAUCUCUCACAUCUCUCAUCAUCUCUCACAGUGAUGGCAAGAGAGUGGUUCAUUUCCACUUCUGCGAGUUCUCUUUUGUCAGAGCUGUCUCCAGGGAUUGCAUCCUCAUGUCCAUAACAGUCUUUUGUCUUUGGCUUCUUGCUCAUCCAUCAUUCUUCUUUUGAUGGCUCUCAUCCACAUCUCUACUGAUGGCUGCAGCACUCACCACUUUCAGGGCCCCUGUAGAACACCUACACUGUCAUGGCACUGUUGGAUGGACCUCUCUGCUGGUGGGUGCCAGAUUCCCUAUGGAAGUCAGUCACGGUGCUUGCUUGUUGGGUGUCCAUGUCAUGGUGGGAGCUGCCCUGCCCAGGGGUGUAGCAAUACUAAAGACAGGGUAGCACAGCCUCAGGAUGGUGUGGUAGUAGGUUGAUCUGUCUAGAUAAUUUGGGCAAAGACCAUAAAAUUCAUCUUUGGGCUGCAGACAGCUGGCACAGUUGUCUUCAUUAACUUUUGUGGGCAUCAGGCUCUGGCCUUCAGGGAGUAGUUUGUGUGGUAGUGGAGUGGGCUGGGUCUUGAAUGUGCCUUGGCUUUUACAGGUGGGGCUCAAUAUCUAGGUUCUUUUAGCUGUAUUAGUGUAGAGUAAGCUAGAACUGGACAAAGUCAAUAUUUGAUAGACCUUUACUUGUCAUGUAUUUUAAAAACCAAAUGAAUUGGAAUGCUUAAGCAUUUCUAACGAAUUUUUAAAGCCUACAGGUUUUUAGAUAAGGUAAAAACUUACUACUUUUAACUGCCUGCUUGCCUGAUGAAUUCUUCGGUCAAAGCCUGGAAUUUUAUUUUUCAAGGUUUGCAAAAAAGUUACAAUAAAAAACCUUACAGAAAAGACUUCGUGUUGAGUGUGAGGGAAUGAGAGCACUGAUCAGGUUUUAUUUAACUGUAAAGGUUAACCAAAAACUCUAAUUUUUUUUUUUUCCAUUAUGGUUUCCUUUGCAAGUGCACUUCUUUUUGCCCAGGAAAGCACUGUUUAGUAGAUAGAAAGUUGCUAUUUUUCCAUGUUCUGUAGCAAAAUGGGAUCAUCUUCAGAGUUUCUGGUCUCUUACAGACUGAAACAGCUUGGGAAUUAAUACGUGGGUGAUACUGCAUAGCAGUGUAGAACAUUUCACUUUCGAUUGAAAUCCUGUUAAUAUUAUUGGAGUUCUCUGAUGAAAGUUUGGUCAAUGUAAUUUCCUAAGUCAGCUGUGAUUUCUAAAGAUCUUAUAAGAUUGCAGGUUAAAAAGGUGAGAGUAUAUGGAGUGCUUUAUAAUUCAGGUAUAUUUAGUGCCGGAGACAAAAUUGUGCCUAGUCAAAAUGUGAAUUGAAACAUUUUAGUAGUGUAUGUUACAUGAUGCUAAUGUACAAUGCAGUGUUAGUAUUCUAAAACACUAUUGCAAGCGCGUGUUUAAGACAACUACAGAGGUAAACAAGCUUUAUGAUUAUUUCAGGGAUCUUUCUGUCUCCAAACUCCUGAGCAGGAAGAAAACGUGCUGAAGGUCCUGCUAAGACAGUCUGAAUGACAGUAGUAGCUGAGUUCUCUGUGGGAUCAAUAAACGUGUUUGAGUUGCUGCAAUAGUGUUUGCUUUACAGGAGAGAACCGAAACAUCGGUUAUGAGUUUCGGAAUCAUAUUUUGGUGACAAAAGUUCUUGUGUAGAAAAUGCUAAUACAUUGAAUCUCACGAGUUCUUCUUCUAUGCGAGGCCUGAAUAGCACAUGUAUAGGAAAAACACCUCUCUCUUCUGGUAGAUCUGGUUGCAGAAGCCAUACUCCUCUUAUGGGAUAUUCGGUUACAUCCUCAUCUGCAGUUUCUGCUCAUACUGUUGCAUCAGUUAUUGUAGCUGUAGUAGAAGGAAGAGGCCUUGCCAGAGGUGAAGUAGGAAUGGCCAGUAUAGAUUUAAAAAAUCCUGAGAUUAUACUGUCACAAUUUGCAGACAAUACAACAUAUGCCAAGGUUAUUACUAAACUCAAGAUUUUAACACCACUAGAAAUAAUAAUGUCAAACACUGCAUGUGAUGCAGGGAAUACAACCAAAUUGUUCAGUCUCAUAAUGGAGCAUUUCAAGAAUGUGACUUUUACAACUGUCCAGAGAAAAUACUUCAAUGAAACAAAGGGUUUGGAGUACAUAGAACAAUUGUGUGCAUCUGAAUUUAGUACCAUUUUCAUGGAAGUCCAAUCAAAGUAUUACUGUCUUGCAGCUGCUGCAGCUUUGCUAAAAUAUGUUGAAUUUAUUCAAAACGCCGUUUAUGCUCCUAAAUCACUCAAGGUGCGUUUCCAGGGGAGUGAAAAAACAGCUAUGAUAGAUUCAUCAUCAGCACAAAAUCUUGAACUAGUGAUUAAUAACAGAGAUUCUCGGAAUGGUCACACACUUCUUGGUGUUCUAAAUUAUACUAAAACUCCCGGUGGAAGUCGAAGACUUAGAUCUAAUAUCCUGGAACCUCUAGUUGAUGCUGAAACAAUUAACACAAGACUGGACUGUGUUCAGGAAUUACUCCAGGAUGAGGAGCUCUUUUUCGGUCUUCAAGCAGUUAUCUCAAAGUUCCUGGAUACAGAACAACUACUUUCAGUUUUGGUACAGAUUCCAAAGCAGGAUACAGUUAAAACUGCUGAAUCAAAAAUAACUAAUUUAAUCUACCUGAAGCAUACUUUAGAACUCGUGGAGCCGCUGAAAGCUGCUAUAAGAAGCUGUAACGCACAGCUGCUAAAGGCUUAUUACAAUUCUCUUGAAGAUACAAGAUUUGGAAUUAUACUUGAAAAGAUUACAACUGUAAUUAAUGAUGAUACAAGAUACACAAAAGGAUGUCUAAGUAUGAGGACCCAGAAGUGCUAUGCUGUUAAGCCUAACAUCAAUGAAUUCCUUGACAUAGCUCGCAGAACAUACACAGAAAUUGUUGAUGACAUAGCAGGUAUGAUAGCACAACUUGCAGAAAAAUACAGCCUACCAAUGAAAACGAGUUUCAGCUCCGCUCGUGGAUUUUUUAUCCAGAUGAAUGCUGAUUGUUCAACAUUACCUAAUGGCCAGCUUCCUUCAGAAUUUACAAAGAUCACAAAAAUGAAAAACACAUAUAGCUUCACUUCAGCAGAUUUAAUAAAAAUGAAUGAAAGAUGUCAGGAGUCCCUGAGAGAAAUAUAUCACAUGACCUACUUAAUAGUGUGUAAACUACUGAAUGAGAUUUAUGAACACAUUCAUUGCCUAUACAAGCUGUCUGACAUUGUGUCUAUGCUGGAUAUGCUGCUUUCAUUUGCCCACGCCUGCACUCUUUCUGAUUAUGUUCGUCCAGAAUUUACCGAUACUUUAGCAAUCAAGCAGGGCUGGCAUCCCAUUCUUGAAAAGAUAGCUAUGGAAAAACCUGUGUCUAACAACACAUACCUGACAGAGGGAAACAAUUUUGUCAUUAUUACGGGACCAAAUAUGAGUGGAAAAUCAACAUACCUGAAACAGAUUGCUCUCUGUCAAAUUAUGGCUCAGAUUGGUUCUUAUGUCCCAGCAGAGUAUUGUUCUUUUCGAAUUGCUGAGCAGAUUUUUACCAGAAUAGGUAUGGAUGAUGAUAUUGAAACAAAUGCAUCAACAUUCAUGAAGGAAAUGAAAGAGAUAACGUACAUCCUACAAAACGCUAAUGAUAAAUCACUCAUCAUUAUUGAUGAACUUGGCAGAGGUACCAGUGCCGAAGAAGGUAUUGGCAUUUGUUACGCUGCCUGUGAAUAUCUGUUGAACUUAAAGGCAUUUACACUGUUUGCUACACAUUUCCUGGAACUAUGUCAUAUAGACGCUUUAUAUCCCAACGUGGAAAACUACCAUUUUGAAGUGCAACAUGUGAGAAGCAGUGCUGGAAAUAAGGAGAAAAUUGCUUACACUUACACACUUUCUAAAGGAUACACAGAGGAAAAGAACUACGGACUAAAAGCUGCAGAAGUGUCCUCCCUACCAUCAUCCAUAAUUUUGGAUGCAAAGGAAAUCACAAAUCACAUUGCAAAACAAAUUUUGCACGGGCACAAAAGCACUCCUGAGAUGAUGAAACAGAGAGCUGCAUACCAGUUAGCAAUGAGACUGGUUCAGACUGCCAGAAAUUCUCGACUGGACCCUGACAGUUUGCGAGUAUAUUUGAAAGCCCUGAAGAGAAAGUAUGAAACCAGUUGUUCCACACCCGUAAAAAAUGAUGAGCAUGAGUAAUGUGUAACCUAGGCUGUUGUUCCAGUUUUUAUGACUGCAAGAUUGUUCUGUUUUUUUCCCACAGUAUUAGUAGUGUCUUUUCACAUGGUGUUAUAAUUUUAAUUCCUAAACUAAACUUAGUAAUGGAAGACCAUAUCCUUUAUGGGUUCCCCCCCUCCCCCAACAUACCUGGAAUAAAAGCAUUUGCCUUCUG